AAAUUAUUAGAUAUGGUAAAGUUGCUAUCCAAAUCACCAGUGGCAUUAAAUAGUCCAACAUUAUAAUAAUGGGACAACAGUUUCAGAGAGAAUUACGAGAUGUAUUAAUCAGAGAUUGAUAAAAAUACCUAUGCAUUGUAGAGAAGUAUGAGGGGGUUCUGGAUAUUUGGAAAGACAUUCUACCCUGCUUUAACUCAACAUUACAGUUAAAAAUUAGAGCUAUAUUAAUUGAAAUAGCAAUUAGGAAAGGUAUGAUAUUUUAUUGAUUACAUUUUAGAUUGAAUAAUCAGAGGUGAAUUUAUAUAAGACAGUUAAUCCAAAUAUUAGUACUGUAUUGAAUAAGACAUUCAGUACUUAAUGGCUUUGGUGGAAUCUAUAAGACAUAUCCAUUACAGCUGGGUUAUAAGUGUAUGCUCAAUUGUUUAAUUUUGGAUAUUCAUGGAGAGUUGGAUUCUUGGUUCUACCAUAUUGUGCUAGAGUAAGAAAUCACAUAAACUAUUAGGUCUUCUAUGAUUAUGCAACAUCAUAUUAAAAUAAAUCAAAGGCAGUUGAAUUUCUCAACUGGGCAAUUCAAUACAGAAAGGCAAAGAGUUAGAUCGAAAGAGGUAGCUUAGAUCCACAAAUAGUUGAGAGAUAUUAGGCUCUUUUUGGUAGUGUGAAGAAGGGACCAUUAUAAGUAUAUGCAGAUGUUGUUGAAUUGGCUACUCAACAAAACCCCAAUUUGUGAU